AUGCGCGUUGCCGUACAGUCCUGCUAAAGGGGAAGGAAUAGCGAGACAGUCUGGAGACUACAGCCAAUGUCUGGCCUGCUGCUGUAGCCUCAGCUUUCUGUCAUACUAGCAUCUCGUGAACUGCAACUCCCAGCAUGCACUGACAGCCUGCACAGAACUGCAGCACUUUGCAGCAUGUACUGACGGCUCGCUGAACUGCAACUCUCAAGCCUGCUGCUAUCCAUUUACAGCUUGCUUGCAGUCAUACCAUAGCAGCAUCUGGGCUUAAAGGACAGACGUAAUCAUGCAGGCACACGAGAUCCUCAGAAACCUCAGAAUACCAGAGCUCGGGGAUGUGCGACAGUAUGUGCGGACUCUGCCCACUAACACCUUGAUGGGCUUUGGUGCCUUUGCAGCUCUUACAACUUAUUGGUAUGCGACGAGACCCAAGGCUCUAAAACCACCGUGUGACUUGGCCAUGCAGUCUGUGGAGACACAGGGAGGUGAACACGCUCGCAGAUCCACCAUUCUGGAUAGUGAUGAGGUGAUCACGUAUUAUUAUGAUGACGUUAAAACAAUCUAUGACAUUUUCCAAAGAGGGGUACGGGUAUCAAAUAAUGGGCCUUGUUUAGGACAUAGGAAACCAAAUCAGCCAUAUGAAUGGAUUUCUUAUAAAGAGGUGGCAGAAAGAGCUGAGUUUGUGGGGUCUGCACUGUUGCACAGAGGGUUUAAACCUUCACCGGAUCAAUUUAUAGGCAUAUUUGCACAAAACAGACCAGAGUGGACAAUCGUGGAACUGGGCUGCUACACAUACUCCAUGGUGGCGGUGCCACUGUAUGACACAUUGGGAGCGGAGGCAAUAACGUACAUCAUUAACAGAGCUGAUCUCUCGGUAGUAUUUUGUGACUCUCCCGAGAAGGCAAAACUUUUGCUGUCCAAUGUUGAAAAGGGAGAAACACCAGUGCUCCGCACCAUUGUGCUCAUGAAUCCUUUUGACAGUGAUCUUGUUGAGAGAGGCAAGAAGUGUGGCGUUGAAUUGGUCAGCUUGAAGGAUGUAGAGGAAGAGGGAAAGGCAAACCGAGAAAAACCAAAGCCUCCCAAACCAGACGACCUGGCAGUUGUUUGCUUCACAAGUGGGACGACCGGCAAUCCAAAGGGUGCGAUGCUAUCUCACAAGAACAUUGUGAGCAACAGUGCAGGUUUUAUGAAAGUAACGGAGGACUUGAUGUUUCCUUCUACUCAAGAUGUUCUGAUUUCUUUUCUGCCCUUGGCGCAUAUGUUUGAAAGAGUUGUGGAGUGUGUAGUGCUUUGCCAUGGUGCUCGGAUAGGAUUCUUUCAAGGAGACAUAAGACUUCUCAUGGAUGAUCUUAAAGCUUUGCAGCCCACAAUAUUUCCUGUAGUUCCCCGACUCCUGAACAGAAUGUUUGACAGAAUCUUUGGGCAAGCCAACACACCAGUGAAGAGAUGGAUGUUGGAAUUUGCAUCUAAGAGGAAGGAAGCUGAACUUCGCAGCGGAAUUAUCCGAAAUGACAGUUUCUGGGACAAAAUCAUAUUUCACAAAGUUCAGGAGAGCCUUGGUGGAAAAGUAAGACUUAUGGUAACUGGAGCUGCACCUGUAUCUCCCACUGUAUUAACUUUCUUGCGGGCAGCACUUGGCUGUCAGUUCUAUGAAGGAUAUGGGCAGACUGAAUGCACAGCAGGAUGCUCUCUGACUAUACCAGGAGACUGGACUGCAGGUCACGUUGGGGCACCAAUGCCAUGCAAUCAUGUAAAGCUGGUGGACGUAGAAGAGAUGAAUUACUUAGCAGCAAAGGGAGAGGGUGAAGUUUGUGUUAAAGGAUCAAAUGUGUUUCAAGGGUAUUUAAAAGAUGAAGAGAAAACUGCAGAGGCCUUGGACAAGGAUGGCUGGCUGCAUACCGGAGAUAUAGGCAAAUGGCUACCAAAUGGCACUCUUAAGAUUAUAGACAGAAAGAAGCAUAUCUUUAAGCUGGCACAGGGAGAGUACAUUGCACCAGAGAAAAUUGAAAAUAUCUACACAAGAAGUGAGCCCGUGGUACAAGUUUUUGUCCAUGGAGAAAGUUUACAGGCAUUUUUAGUUGGCAUUAUUGUGCCGGAUCCUGAAAACGUGAUAAACUGGGCAAAGAAAAGAAAAUUUGAGGGCUCUUAUGAAGAGUUAUGCAAAAACAAGGAUUUUAAAAAUGCAAUUCUUGAAGAUUUGCUGAAGCUUGGGAAAGAAGCCGGGUUAAAAACUUUUGAACAGGUAAAAGACAUUGCUUUGUGCUCAGAAAUGUUUUCAAUUGAGAACGGCUUACUUACACCUACACUGAAAGCUAAGAGGCCAGAGCUUCGGAAAUCUUUUAAGGAUCAAAUUGAAGAAUUGUACGCUAAUAACAAGGUUUAAUUUCAAAACGACUUCAGUGAAUGCCCAGUGUCGUCAUAUCACCGGUUAGUUAUUCACAACCACAAAGUGAUACCGCUCGUAGGAAUAGUACAACACAAUCCCUAAAAUGCCUUACAGGUCGCCUGUACUGUAACACUUGCUGGGUGAUCUAGAAUAUACAAAGUAGGCCUUAUGGUGAAAAGGACUGCAAGCUUCUGUCUGAUUGGACAUGGCUUGGACUUAACCAAUUACUCAUGUAAUUCUUUCAAUCCCUGUCAUUUGUCUCUGUCAUUUGUAUGCUGCAUUCUGAUGUCUGGUGUUUGUCCUGAAGUAAAGUUCCCCUACAAUCCAUUGUUUGGCUCCUGAUGAAGCACGUGCUGUAUAUCCUGAAUACAAUUUACAGAAGAGAAUACGCUACAUUUGAGAGAUGCGGAAAAGGAACCAGUGCUUUCCCUUGUAGAUCUACCCGUGAAAAUUAUUUUUUUUAACAAAGACUCUGGUUGGGGGCUGCAAAGUCCUUGUUGACCAGUCUCCUUGCCAGCAACUUGUGUGCAUGUAUAUAUACCAUGACCAUGCAGUAGCCCGUUAUUCUGCAAGUGAAAUAGUAGCUUUCUAAUUUUUAAACACCCUUUUUUUUUCCUAUAAGAAAAUGAAUAAUCACACUAAAUUAUAAGCCUUUUAAAAAUGGGAGGGAUUUAUACAUUUUUCCAGAAAAUUCACUGUCUGCACACCAAUGAUUUUACAUAAUUUACACGCACAAUUUUCUUCCCCAUAAUUUAAGAAAGUGGGACUUUACCUUUCAGUAUGUUUAGAAAGCUGCUACAGCCUGUGCUACGAUUGUUUUGUAUACUGACCAGUCCUGCAAGAACUCUUAAGUGCAAUUACUGCUGAUUGUUCCGGCAGCAGCCUUGAAAAUGUUGGGGUUUUAUACAGUAAGAGUUUUUGGGAGAAUGGGGAAGGGGAGAGGUCUUCUUUUUUUUCAAUGAAAAGAGUUCCAAGUUGGUCACAAGGGAGUCAAAAUAUUCAAAAGCACAACAAUGGUUUUGCACUAUAUAAAGCCUGUGUUUAUACUGAUGCACUGUAGGAUAGGGGGAUCUCUUGUUUGUUGCACAGAUACCAAAAUUUUUAUCCAAAUGGAAUGUGACUUGUAAAACUGACUUAUAUAAAUGUUUGCUUAGCAGUUGUGGGUUCUACUGUACAAAUGAUAACAUUUUUAUUUCCCAUCUCUUCAAACUAAUGAAGGAAACCAAAAUAAAUAAUGAAACUGUA